UCUUAUCUCCCGGUUCUCAAGUUCUCACCUUUUCAUCGAGCAUAUCGUUCAAAAUGUCCCUCACCAAAAGAACUAAGACCUGCCCAAACGCCGCCAUCACCGCCACACCACCGUCGCGAUCGGCGGAGACAAUAGCCAACAACGACGACCUCCUCAACGAAAUCCUCCUCCGCCUGCCCAUCAAAUCCCUCCUCAAAUUCAAAUCCGUUUCCAAGCACUGCCUCUCCCUCAUUUCCGAUCCCAAUUUCUCCCUCCGCCGCAAUCCUAACUUCCCCACCUCCGCCUCCGGUCUCUUCUUGGCACGCUCUUCGAGGAGCAUUAUCGGCGUUUCUGAAUUCGACUUCGUCAAUCUCGACGACCUAAUCCCCAAUUCCUCCGAAAGCCCCUUCAGAUCUCUCGCUUUCACCGAUGGCGGUCACGUCGCUACCGGAAUAAUUCAGUCCUGCAACGGAUUGCUGUUGUGUUGCUCAAUCAGAGCUCUCGAGCCAAGAGAGAAUUUCGUCUUCAAUCCCACCACAAAGCAGUUCACCAAACUCCCUCCGAUUUCGCCGGUCGGAGACGGCGCCCAUCGGAGGGUCUUCGGCCUCAGUUUGGCGUUCGAUCCUUCCAUUUCUCCUCACUACAAGGUCGUUUGCGUUCGGAACUCUGACGCCAGAGGCGAUCAGUAUCAGAUCGAGAUUUACUCGUCGGAGACUCGCUGCUGGAGGCUCUCCGGCGAUUCUUUCUUCAUCAAUAGCUCCGAUAUCCGAUUCGACGGCGGGGUCUAUUGGAACGGUUCUGUUCACUGGAUUAGUGUUUGGGAAGCUUCCGUCCACUUGAAGGUCGAAGAAGAGCGAAUUAGUCCAUUGCCAAUGCCGCUGAUUCCGGAAGACGGCUGGGAUCAUGAUCGGAAGUACAGAUACUUUGGCGAAUCCAGAGGACAUUUGCAUCUCAUUGAUCACAUAUACGAUCUCCAAUUGCCGCGUUUCGAUGUUUUAGAAAUGGAGACGGACUAUUCCGGCUGGUCCGUCAAGUUCCGCGUCGAUCUCUCCGAAAUUCCGAGCGCGUUUCCGCAGAUUGUCCGGAGAAAGCUUCUCCACCGGGCGAAGUUGCACGACUAUGUGUUCUCCGUGCUUUGCGUUGUUCGGAGUGAGGUUGAUGAAGAAUCGUAUCUAGUGCUGCAAAUACCCGGUAAAGUUAUAAGGUACAAUCUCAAGACCAGAACUUUCUUCAAGCUUUGUAAUUUUGAGCCUGUCUCCAGAACUAAAACCGUUCAAGAUGCGAAUUCGGUGCUGAUGAUGUUCCCGGAGUUGAUUGAGUGGACUAGUGUUCAUCAAUACAAUGAGAGUCUCGCUCUUGUUUGAUGCCACUUUUUUCAGUUUGGUUUGUAUUUUGUGUGUGUUUUUAAAAAAAUAUUAAUAUGGUAUUGUUUAUGGUUAAAUUGUGAUCCUUUUUCUAACCCGUUGUUCCUUUUUC